UAACAAUAACUUGACUGCCUUAGUUAGUAAUCCAAGGCAAAUUUUAAAACUUCUACUGUUAACUUUUGAGGAAAUUUCCCCCAAUAUUAUUCAGCUUUCUAUCAAGCAGAACUUUAGGUGAAUGCAUAUUAAAGGAAGCGCAAUUGAUCUGUCCAAGCAUGCACUCUACAUAAAAAAAAUUUUUAAUUGCACAAAAAAUAGAAAUAUAGUCCUAUCAAAAAUAUCGCUACUUUGUAUUCCAGCAAUGAUUUUUGUUAUGAAUUAAGUAUGCCUGACAAAGUUUCAAUGAACUUUAAUCCAUAUUAGAUAACCAUGUAAAACCUCCACACUGCUAUAUUUUAAAAGUUGUCAGUAUGAGUAUGUGACUAUGUUCUGUGAGCCAGCCAUCAGUAAAAUAUCAUCACACUGUGUUUUGUCCCUCUCAAUCUAUUUCUUUUUGAGUGACUGUAUCUGUAAUUGAUUAUUGUCUCAUUGGAAAAAAUUUCUGAUGCAGUUCUUCUUGAAGUUUCAACACCACUACAAGUUAAGACUGAUUGCCUUCAAUGUGCUCUAUUUCCUUAGAAAUUUCCCCUGAAUUUAAAAAAGAAGGCAUCUCAAAUUUUUAAGUUCCCUCCUUCUUUAGCUCUCAAUAAAAAUGCAUUUAUCAGCUCCUCCACACUGAGAAUGCAGGGCCAUCCAUGCGAGAACUUCGAGGUGAAGAAUCGCUAGCUGUCAAGACAUCACCAUUGUUUAAUGCAGCUUGUUGCUAUGAACAUAAUACACACAGAAGUAAUGAGACAUCUCCUACUACUGAGCAUAGAAUAAUAAACUAUACAAAUAACACAAAUUAUGUUUCAACUUUUUCAAAAUAAUUCAAGAACCUUAACUUGAAUCUAGCAAAAUACAGCAUUCUCUUGGCAAAAGAUCUAUCACUUGACUGAGAAAUAUUAUAAGAGAGUGACAAUCUCUUGUAUAAAUUAAGCAGUUACAUAACCAUCAUUACACUUAAUUUGUUUUGUUUUGUUUUGUUUUUUUAUUUCUUUAAUUCAACACUGUUAGUGGCUUUGCUAUGAUUACUGCUAUUCUAAAAGAUCUAUCUCUUCUUAAGUAUGAGGUAAUGACAACUUACCUGGUAGCUAUGCUGUGUUCUAUCCCCUCGCAGUGUUGGUGUCUUGAAAAUAUAUGCUGAACCAGGGCGUGAAAAGUAUGCUCUAUCUGUGUUUGGAAUUUUUUCUUCUCCAAUUUCAACCUAUAAUAUGUUUUAAAGAUAAUCAUCAGAUGACAAUAUCUUGACAGUCAGGUAAAUAGAAUACUACCUAUAAAAAGCAGAAUAAUUUAAGUGUAUCUUUUUAUAUGUUAAUAUCAUUAUAAAGAGUAAGCUAAAACAUUGUGGCAAUGGCUGAACAGAACCUCUUACCUUCUUCACAAUAUCCAUUUGAAUAAGCUCAGCUUUGGGUGUCCUUUUACAUCCUGCAGCUAUGUCAAAUUUAAAUUUUCCACAUCUUUUAAGCAAGUACAUUUAUAUUACGCUUAAUUCCUGGCAAGCAUAAGGAACCACUCAGGAACUAUCACAUGUACUUAUCAAUUGAACAAAACUCACAUAAAUCAAAGAAAAACAUUCCUGAAGAAUAACAUGAAACAGUAGAAUUUGUUAUGAUAUAAGAAACACUACAUCUAGUUUGGGGAAGCAGACAUAUCUGAAAAUAUAAAUCAUUUUCAUUUACAAACCUGCAAAAAAUGGCCAUAUCCCAUCAAGUGCAGAUGCAAAGUCAAUUGCUGAUCUGGAAAUAUAUAUUACAUCAUGAAAGUAUUAAGUUAUUAACAUGAACAAAAAGAGCCCUAAGUAAACUGAGCUAGCAUAAUUCCCUGCAUAUAAAUUUGAAUGUGUAAAUCACUUUAGUCGAAACAUAUACUUCCAUUCAACACAAUUUUAAAAUUAAUUUUAAUAAGGAUUCUCAUGGAACUUCAGUCAAAUUGGUUCUUUGCUUUUGUCAUAGUAUGAUCAUGAUUUUCCAAGUAGAAUGAUAGGAGCUCAUAUAUUUUGAGACAAGUGGCUCACUACAGGGCGUGAAAUUGAUUUUUUUUUCUGAUAGCCACUUGGCUCCUAAAUUUUUCAAAGUGAUAGCCACAAUUCAAAAAUAGUUGGUCACCAUUUUUAAAGAUAAACAAAACCCUUUUUUUUACGCUGUCAGUGUUCUAGAUAGACCCUCCAAAAUUAAGUUCUACAAAGUUCUACAAAGUGGACACUAGGAUUGAUAUACAACAUUAAAGCUCAACCAAAUCCAAGAUGGUGUCUAGUCAUCGAUGGAGAUGCAUGUGCCACAUUUUGGAAACAAAUUUAAUGCGGAAGUUUGCCAUGGAUUUAUCUUUGCAAAUCUUUUUAAUUCACAAUAUCUCUAGGUGGGGUUAUUAUGAAGCAUUCUAGUCGCCAAUUUGGGGACUACUUUUGAGGAUUUGAUCGCCAAAAUGAAAAAUUUAGUCACAUUGGCGCCUGUAUUAGGCACAAUUUCACGCCCUGCACUAGCAUUAUCGUACAAUCAUCAGAUCAAUUAAAUAGAAGGCAAACACAAAAUAGAGGCAAUUGUUAAUGCCAUUUUCCCUCAUCAGAUUGUACAUACAGGGACUAAACAGUUAAAAGGUCACAAGCAUCCAUGAAUUUUGUGCAACCCUUUGAGCAAAUUCUGAGGCUUUAAUUGAUUAAUACAUUCUAACUUGUUAUUAGUAAAUUAGGCAUUCAGUUCCAAUCAAAAUGGGAAAUGGCUGCUCCACAAUAUUUCUUUGAUAGUAUUCAAUAAUUGUAUGAUUUGCCAAAAACUAGUAUUGAAAUGAAGUGAAAGUAGCCUACUGAAGAUGCAGACAAGUUUACAGCUUUGACUAGCUACUGACUCUAAUUGAGAGCCCUGUUAUUGACUAUCCUAAGUUCUUUCAUCCGAUGAAAAUAAUUCUAAUAAAAAUUCACUACACACCAUAAAAACACCUUCUUUGUAAUUUUUUACAUGGUAAUGACCCAUUUACCUGCUAAGGUUGUCUCUAAUUGUCAGAUCUGGGUUAUGAUUCAUUAGUAGCAUUACAACUUUUCCAUGUCCUUGGAAUGUUGCACAGUGCAGGGCUGUCCAAUUUGUGCCUCUGUUGCACGCAUCAAUGUCAGCUCUGAAAGCGGACGAAAGAGACUACUUUGUAAAUGUAAUUCUGGAAACGAAAAGUGCCACAGAUAAAGAUAUUUCUGUUUUUUCUCAAAAUCGUAAAGGAACAUUUUACUCACCCUCGAUCUAGCAAAAGUUGUACAAUGUUGCUGUAACCCCAAAAAGCUGCAAUGCAAAGAGGUCUGAAGCCUUCUGGUGAAAAUGAGUUUGCGUCCACUCCUUGAUCCAAAAUCGCCUUCACCACCUAAAAAGAACACAAAGAAGCUGUGAGAAAGGUACCAAAUUAACAAAGUUCCCUUUACAUCAAUUUUAAAACAAAAAUUACGAUUUAAAAAAAAAAAAACCUGACCUUUUCGUCGCCUGUAGCCGCAGCGCUUGUUAACUGCGCUCCGUCCGCCAUCUUGUUUUUAUUGUUAUUUGCAACACCGCUGCUCAAAACAAUUCCUUAUUUAUAAGCCCGCUGACCGCCUCAUUCCCGUGACUCAAACAAACUUUAAAGAAAUUUACAAGUUGCAGGCAGGAACGAUGGCUUCUUCUCUUGAGCAGCUAAAGAAAUUCACCACCGUCGUCGCUGAUACAGGCGAUUUCGAAUGUAAGAGAGAGAGAUGAUUUUUCGAAGGAUUUGCUGUUUGCUUGGAGUAGCUCAACCUAUGUGAUUUUUCUUUUUAGCCAUUUCUAAGUACAAACCUACUGAUGCGACAACAAAUCCAUCACUGCUCUUGGCUGCGUCUAAAAUGCCUCAGUAUAAACACUUGAUUGAAAAAGCAGUUCAGUAUGGAAAAGCAAACGGAAGGUUAGUGCUAGGGAUCUAUUUUCAGAUAAAUUUUGGAGAUGUAAUCUAACUUUUCUACUAGUUUGCGUGUAAAUACCUCAAAACACCAGUCACCCUUCAUGCCUGGUGAACUGGCAAAUAUGUGAUUUGCAUGUUGUGAUUGAUUGGUAUGAAUUAAAACAGGAAAAAUUGUACAAGCGUUGAUUGUUUUGUUGAUGACGAAUUUAUGAUAAUUCAUAUGGUCCAAUAUCGAUCGGGAGUUUGCUUUACGUAAUUUGGUUUUCAUUGGGUGCCAAUAUUAGUCAUCAUGACAUAAAGACUGUCACGUGCAAGCUCGCUCCAAGGACUCAUCAAAAACUUUUAAGAAACUCUUGGAUUGGUUAUUGGUUUAUCCAGACAGAAAAGACGACGACAGAUUCUUGUAAAAUACUUUUUAGGAAGAUGCUCAAUCACUAGGAUUCAAGUGAUUUUUUAAAAAAUUCUGGUUGUCUUCAAGACUUUCCUUGACCCUUUUGAGUCAUGGAUUUUAUCUUGUUAGUCAAUGCAAAAGGCAUGACAUGCAAAAUAAAUCAGAUCUCAUAUUUCUAGAUCACUUAGCCCCACAUUGGUGUUGCUUUCUCUUCAACCCCUCGAAUGUUUUUCUUUGUAAUUGAUCCCCACUGGUUUUGUCUGGGAUAACUGCAAAUAUGAUUUUAACAAAGGAGGGGCAUUAAUUCAAAGGAGGAUGCUUAAUAUUCUUCUGUACAGAUUCUGCUGUGGUUGAAGCUUAAGAAAGUCAUAAUUUAAGUGGUGAUAGAAGCAGGUUUUCCUUUCAUUCUUGCCAUUUAAGAUAGUUAGAGAGAGGGGAGGGGGAAGUGCUUAUUCAAGAAUGGUUCCUGUUUGACAUUAUCACCUGGGAGGUGGGCUCUUAUUCUACAAAGGGUGCUUAUUAGAGUGUGGGCACUUAUUCAAGGAAAUAUGAUAUUCAUGAGACCCAGAUACGCACUAUCAGAAAGACAUAAAGGUAGCAAAAGUCAUCCAAGAGCCACAAGCAGUGCAGAACAGUUGGCUGGCAAGGCAAAGGGCCUGUAUUUGUCUUGCCAUUCUUAUCACAGGCUUAUCAGUCUUGCUGCCUGUUUUAAUGUCAGUCCAUUGGAGCUUGCUUGAAAAACAGACAGGGAAAAAAAUGAAUCAAUUGAAGAGAGAAAUUCAAAGGGAAAAUAAUUUUACAGUGUUUUGUUUUUCUAUUUAUUAUAAAAUUUUACCCUAUGCUCCUGUUAGAUUCUGACCUUGUCAAUCACUUGACAAAAGUAUCUUGUCUCAGAACAAAUCUUAAUGAAAUUUUGUUUCAAAUUCAAGCACUCUGGAAGAGCAAGUAACUGAAGCAAUGGAUAAAAUAGUAAGUCCAACAAUUUUGAAUUGCGUAAUUGAGACCUAUUCAGGAGAGAGCUUUGCUCUAGGUUUCAUUUAAUGUUGAAACUCUAAUAUUACCCCUCCCUUUGAAGUCAUGUUUGCUGCCCACAAUCAUCAUGGUAAUGGCUAUCUUUAAGCAGAAACAAUAAUUAUGGGCAGAAAAUAAUCCAAUUACAAAGUUCUCAGGAAAAUGACCCGAGAAACAGCAUAUGUUUAUAUGUCAGCAUAUAUGGCUGAGAUGUUGGCAAUAUGAUGUACAGUAGCAUAAAAUGCAUUUAAAUCAUGCAUUUGCAACUUAAUUUGCAUGUAAAUGAAAAGAAAAAAAUAAUGGCAGUUCACACUAUAAUUUAAAUAUGGUGUGUUGAACAAGCUUCAAUUUUCCUAUUUACCUUAUUUUGGUAAUCAUGAUCUGUCACCCUUCUCAACAAGGUGUUUAUCUUUCUUCUUCAUUUAUCUUCUUUUUUCAGUUUGUUCUUUUUGGUGUUGAGAUACUGAAGCUAGUACCAGGUAGAGUUUCAACAGAGGUUGAUGCCAGGUCAGUGAACUUGAGUUAUAAUAAAUCAAAAGGGUAUACAAACAGUUCAAUCUUGGUUGACAUUAUCAUCCCCUGGCUUUAAAAGACAGGUCUUGUUACACUGCAGUUCUCUGCAUUGUGCAAUCCUCUUUGGCAGACCCCAGAUAUACCAGGUCAAUGCCUGUCUCCAGAUAGCAAACUCAAAUAAGUGUGCUGUGAGCGGAUUCAGACGAUGAAGACGAAACUUUAGGCUCCAAAAGAAAAGUCAUUAUAACAUCCCUUUCAUAGGCUCCUUAUGCAUUGACAAGAAAACUGUAGGAUUCGAUACCUGGGCUUUUCUGAUAUUGGUGGGAAAGCCCCCUUAGUUUUUUUUCAUGUUGGGUAUCUAAAGAACAUGAUUAAAAAACAUGAUUUUAGUAGCAUUUUCAAUAUUGCCAUCACAGAAUCUUAGGACUGCUUUCUGCCUUUUUCUGAAAAAAAAAAAAUUAUCAAAAGGUUAAAUUAUUUUUCAACCUUAACAUCAGGGAGGAAAAAAACUUAGUUUAUAAUGUAAACCAAGUAAAAAUUAUUUAUCAUAAAAUAUAAUUUUUAUCAUUCAAUAAUAAGUGUGAAUUAAAAUUCUAUAAUUAUAGUGGUCAGAAAUGGCUGUUAAAGCUUUUUUAGCCCUUUAACUUCCCAGAUCAAAUUUGUAAUCCUCCUUACUAUCAACCAUACAACUCUUAUAAUGUUAGUUCAGAGAAUUUAGUAUUGGAUCAACUAAUUGUCACCAAAUUGAUAUUUUUCUUUAUUAUCAUAACUUAUCUGGUUGUUAUUUUAUUGAUAUUGUAUGGAGAAAUUCUGUCUUGGUCACUCAUGGGAGUCAAAGGGUUAAGAUCUUAUAUUUCUACAGAAGUCUGUUGUAAACAUGAUUUCAAAUGUAGUUUGAAUCUUUGUACACUUCAUUUUGUGUAGGUUAUCCUUUGAUGUUGAAGGCUCAAUUGAGAAAGCAAAAAAGUUCAUAAAGCUUUAUGAAGAGGCAGGAAUCAGUAAAGAGAGAAUCCUCAUUAAACUUAGCACAACUUGGGAAGGAGUUGAAGCUGCAAGGUUAGUAUUUAAUACCCAAAAUUUUUUCUCUAAAUGGCUCUAAUUGUAUUUUCUUCCCAAACUUUUGCAUCUAAUUUGUCUAAAUCCACCAGCUCCUUAAUUGCGGUUUGACUACUACCUUCUUCCUUUACUUCAGCUUUUACAUAGCAGUGUUUUAAAGUUGCCCCAGGGGAAGGUUACACUUGUUAAUGGUGGACUUAUUCUAAUUUGUGGAACCAUUUAAAUGCUUAUAUCAGGAUCUAUAUUUCCCACACUUUUCUCUUCUUAUAUCCUAUAGUACUGACCAGUAGAUUUCUUUUAACCAUCCUAAGCCAUAAGGGCCUCCUUUAAUUGGUGAUUAUUUGUUUUUUUCUUGGGACUUCUAUAUUUGAUUCAAUGGUGAUAUUGUUCCGAGAAAUUAGAAGUACAGUCACUGUAAGGGGUUAAACAGUUAAAUCCAUCCAAUAGUUAAGCAAGAUUCAACCAGCGGAAGGGCUGAUAAUGAAUAGCCACACACUGUUAGGUGUGUAUGGCUAACUGAGCAUGUGUUUUCAAGAGGCAAGUGAUCUAUUUGGCCACACAUGUUAAUAAUGCCAUGGAUUAUGUUAAUGGAAUAAUUUUUUAAGUAUUUUAAGCUCUCCACAAUGGUUACUUUUCAGGAAGCUCGAGCAAGAGGAUAUCCAUUGCAACAUGACCCUUCUUUUCUCAUUUGCUCAGGUAAUCUUUUCUUUACUUUUAAAAUAAUAAACAUUUUGGGAGCAAAGUGCAUUCUGUAUUGAGAGCAGGCUACAUAAUAGAAUGAACACACAAUGACAUACAUAAAUAUAUGUAUGUCACCUCUGUUCAAACAAAGCAGGUGUCAUGAGCCAGACACUGCAUUCCCCUUUAGACUGUUAUAAAUCAGCCCCAAAAUUUGGAGCAUUUUGUUGCAAACAAGUUUUUGCCUCAAAGAUUUUAGGUGUGCAUAUGAACAUACACAUAAUCAAUGAUAUUUUAUUUGUAAUUUUCCCUUCUCUCUUUCCCCAGGCAGUAGCAUGUGCCGAAGCAAAUGUCACACUAAUCUCACCAUUUGUUGGUCGCAUUCUGGAUUGGUAUGUCAAGAACACAGACCAGAAGGAAUUUCAACCCGCAGAUGAUCCAGGUAACAUGAGAUUAUUAAUGAGUAAUUGUACAGGAAUUUAAUUCACAUCAGUCAAAGAGAUGUUAAUGCAGAACUCUACCCUAGACUCCAUAGAGGCUGGUUCCCUUAAUUCUUUUUAAACAUAAAAAUUUGUGACACAACCAUUACAAAACAUCGGAGAAGAAUGUUUUGAAACAAGUUAUGUUAGGAAAACAAAGAUAUUUUGUUUGCUGAUCUUGUCACCACCACACAAUACUAUACUAGACAGAGUAUUCUAUAUUUGUACUCUCUUUGGAAUGAUCACAAAACAUGUUCAACAGUAUUGAAAACAAUUACAGUUGUCUUGGAUUAUGCAGACUCCUGGGUAUUGGGCUGGGUAUUUACUCUGGAUAAUUGAAAGUCUGCACAAUUGAAAAUAUGAAUAAUACAGAGCAAAAAUAAAACUAAAUAUGUAUCAUACAAUCAAUAUUACACAAGAAUUAAAGAGCAUUCUCAAAUCAUUGUGUGUUGUUAACCCUUUAACUCCCAAGAUCUCAUUAGUAAUUCUCCUUACUGUCUGCCAUGCAGUUCUUAUGAUGUCAAUUUGGAGAAUUUGGUAUUGGAUCAAUUCAUAAUCCCCUUAUUGAUAUUUUAUUUUAUUCUCAUCACUUCUGUGCUUGAUAUUGUAUUGAGAUUGUAAGGAGAAAUUCACUCUUAGUCACUAAUGGGAGGUAAAGGGUUAAAAUUUACCAAAAGUAUCUACAAAAAUUUUUUUGAUUAACCUACAAUAAUAAUUUUGAUGAUUAUGAAUUGAUAAUAAAAAUAUAGUUGAUUAUCAUAAUUAUAUCUGUAAAGAUACAAUUAGUGCAUCCUUACACUCCCACUAUGGGUAGUUACAUUUGUCUCAUGCUUUGGAGGGGUGUUUUUGUUAGGUGUGAAGAGUGUGACAGCAAUUUACAAUUACUACAAGAAGUUUGAUUACAAAACUGUUGUCAUGGGAGCAUCAUUCAGAAACACAGGGCAGAUCACUGAACUAGCUGGUUGUGAUUUACUCACUAUCAGGUAAUAAUUUCCACUCCCUUGGUAUUAAUUUAUUGCAAUAAAUCAAAUCAGAGCUCUAUUUUCAUGGGCACUUCAAAUCACCCUCUCUCAUAAAGUAGGUGGUUAGUAAGAAAAUUUAUCCUCUCAAUCUCAAACCAUAAAUAAUUUAUGACCGCAAAAUAUAAUUGCCAUCACAUUUUCAUGGAACACUGUUAUCAAAGGUUUACUUGGUGAAUCUUGACUCUUCACAUGGGUGUUGUAUUUUAAGUUCUUGCUAAGAUAUUUUUCUUAAUAGAAACUUGUACUUUUUACACACUUGAAUGUUUUAGCAUGAGAAAAAAAGGAAUAGACACCCAGUUUUGAAAAAAACACCCAAGAAUCCUGCUUUGCAUAAAGAUUAGAACAGUUUUUAUCUGGUCCUGGUUAUAACCACAGUGACAUCUACAAAAUGCUUUUAAUGUUUUGUACAUAAUAGUAUACCUGAAGAAAUUAUGCACAUCUGAUUGGCUGUUGUCUUUGAAAAUUUACUUUUGCUUAUUAACACCAAAUUGCACUCAAAAUCAUGUUAGUACCAAUACAUAUACAAAUUCUUAUUUAAUAUUCUGUGAUUCAUUUCAGUCCCUCAUUGCUAGAAAAACUUUCCAAUUCCACUGAAACAAUUUCCCAGAAGCUUUCAGUCGAGGAAGGUGAGAAAGCAAAUAUACCUCAUACAUUGACAACCUUUGACAACCUUUGAGGUUGUUGUUUCUGUAUCCUUUUAGCAAAGCUGAAGAGGCACAAGCUAAGAAGAAGUCAUACAAAAACAAUUGGCAACUUCUGUAGGACUAAAAGGAAACAAAAAGAAAUUAAUAAUAAUAAUGCAUUGAAUACAUUAAUACAUUGACGAAAGUAUUUUUCCUUUACACUUCUCCAUCAAUAAUUAAUAAUUACAUCAUGAGCUCUCUAUUUCUAUUGUGUGAUAGUUGAUGAGGAUAAAGCCCAAAUCAACUAUUGAGCAUAGAAUGGAGAGGGAAUUAUGAAAUUAUUCUGGUCUAUAUAUACUAGUUAUUCAAUACUUAACAAGACGGUCUAUAUAUACUAGUUAUUCAAUACUUAACAAGACAGACUUCUCUCGUCUUUUUAUUUUAUUUUGCUAUCAGUUGCAUUCUGCUAGGCUACUCACCUCACUCACUAUAUUUAGGCAGCAAGUAUCGUGUCCAAUCAGAUCGCAGCACUUUUGAUAGAAUGCUAGUAGAUUAAACUAAAACUUCACAUCAUGAAGCCUGACAUAUAGUCAGCAUAAACACAUGAGACCAGUUUACUGAACAUUUUUAAUGCAUGUUCAUUUUAAAAGUGCAGCAUUUAUUUUGAACUCUAAAUAGUAUCAAAAGGAUCAGGUAUUUUUAGCUCUUUAUGUAAGUACUCUAACAGUGAAUAAUGCAUACUUAUGCACACAAAUUAACAGUCACACAAAGCAACAUGCAUAACCUUUAAGGCAGUAUCAAUCAAUUGUUGUUGUUGCUUGUUAAUCUUAUUAAUACUCAAUUGUAUGCCUUUUGCAGCCAAAAAACUCGACAUUGAAAAAGUGUCCCUAGACGAGAAGAAAUUCCGCUGGCUUCUCAACGAGGAUGCUAUGGCAACAGAAAAGUUGGCUGAGGGAAUCAGGAAGUUUGCUGUAGAUGCUGUGAAACUUGAGGAUAUGAUCAAGAGUGAACUCCAGAAAUAAGCUUUCCAUAGCGGGUAGUGCUAUAUACGCCACUAGGACAUUUUGAAAACAUGGCUUUAUGACCGGAACUUAAUGGUCCUUAACAUGAAAAGAAUGCUAAAAGAUAUGAUAACGGGUAUUUAAAUCAGACAUGCGUCUUGCAGUAGAUACAUGAAGUUAAUCAAUUUAGUGGUAUAUUCGUGGCUGUAAUACCUUACUAAAUAAUAGCUGUUGCCUCUUAUGAAGAUUGGGGCUGUACAUCUAGGUUAGAUUUUUUUCUUCAAACUAACAAGCAGGCAGUCGAUCAUUAUAGAAUACUUUUUAGAAGA